UUUAUUAAUUUCGGGGAAAGUUUCUGAUCUGUUCAGUGCUGUUUGUCUGCUGUGAAUUGAAUGUCUCCCAUAUUUGGGAGAUGGCAAUAUAUCAAAUGCUGAAACAAGAUGUUGGAACUAUUCCUCUGGAAUUUUUGCCUUGGUUUCUGAAUAGCUUCCGGGAAAGGACGUAGGUCACUUUUAUUAAUAUCGAGCUGGUGUUAGUCAGGUCGAGCACAGUUUGCCGAGCCCCAACCACGUUCCGGCGAGAUGGGCUUCCAGAUCAUGUCACCUCAUGGACUUAUUCAGUUCUUGACUAUCACUUCUUAUGUGACAACAAACAUGGCAGGAAUUGACAUCUGGGUUGACAUAAACCCCCAAGUUCUGGAGUUUGGACACUCAUUGGAGGCAAACUGCAGUACAUCAUGUGUGGGUUCAGACGUAUUAAUUAUCUUGGAGUAUAAAUCAGGGCUAACUCCUCAUAGACAAUCUGGAAGUAAAUGGAUAGCAGACUUUUUCCCAAAAGUCACAGCCUGGGAUGUCUCUGUCCCCUGUUUCGUAAGGUGUAACAGAGAGCAAAGGUCGGUCAAGGAAGUGGUCACUGUUUACAAUCGAGAGAUAAACAUUACAUCACUCCCUGAAGUGCUGGAGGUUAACAGGAGAUAUAGUCUGCAGUGCAUCGGACCAAGAGUCUACCCAAACAACAAACUCAUUCUCACAUGGUUGAGAGGGAGUGAGAUUGUUCAGAGAAAUUCUAGAGAAGGACAAGGUCUUCCGGAUGAAGAUAACAGGUUGAGAAAUGUCUUCAAUUUCACUGCAAGUCUAUCAGAUGAUGGACAGGAGUACACCUGCUUGGCUGAAGUGGACUUGGGCUCUAACACCACAAUGUCAAUCACAAACUCCUCUGUCACUCUGCAAACCUACUCUUUCAUGGAUCAGCCUAGAAUCCUGGACAAAAGGCCCAAAGAAGUGAAGCAAGAGGUCAUAUUAACAUGUGAGGUCUCAGAUGUCUAUCCAGUUGAGAAGAUGAGAGUACGAUGGUUUCAGGAUGGUGAGGAACUGAACUCAGUUACCACAAGGCCAAAUUCUAACACUGUCCAAUCAACAGCAGCGUGGACACCGCAGGAAACUGGUCUGAUCGAAGUUGUCUGUAUGGCUGAUUUUGAGAAGUAUCCAUCAGUUCCCUCAAAGAAUCACACGGUCUUCAUUGAGGUGUACGUUUUCUCUUCCCCUGAAAUCCAAAUACCAACCAGCCAUGAAGGAAAUCUGGUUAACAUUACGUGCCAUGUAUUAAAUGUCUCAGGGGAUCUUGAACUCAGACUGAAGAAAGAAAAUGACAUAUUAGCGAAAGGAUCGAGCAGUACUGGGCUCACUAUCUCUCAUACAGUACAGGCUCAAGCAAAGCUGGAUGGACAGCAGUUUAUCUGUGAAGCUGAACUGAAACUUCAAGAUCAGUCAAUAACCAGCCCUGUUAUUAAACAACAGGUUGGAACCCUCCAUGUCCUGUAUGCACCAUUAAAAGCAGAGAUCUUUCAGGCUCAAGAAAACUGGAUUGAGGGGGAAUCACAGAAUUUGACAUGUCAUGGGCAAGGGAACCCAGUUCCCCGGAGGGUCUGGAUCAAAGAUGGGAAAAUGGAAAGCAGAGGGUUACUCUACAUCCCAUCUGUUCAACUGCAGCAUGGUGGACUGUACGUGUGCAUGGUCAAAAAUGAGCAUGGAUUAAAAACCUCAUCUCUAAAUGUAACCAUUUUGUAUAAACCACGAGACACAUUCAUGACCAUAUCAGUAAAUAACAAAACAGUGUCAGGCUUUCCAGUAGAAGUCACUAAAGGUGAUGAAAUUACAUUAAGCUGUAUGUCCGAUGGAAGACCCUCACCUGUAUUAGAGUGGGUAAAUCCCAGUAAUGGCAACAAUAUUGAGAUUGGUCCUGGAUUUCUUCGUAUUCCGUACAUAACCUCAGAACAUCAAGGAAUUUAUAUAUGUAGAGCUACCAAUCAAUACGGAAGUGAUGAGAAGGAUGUGGACAUCAGGGUCAAAGGCUUAAAAUGGAUAAUAGUAGUGACCGUAGGAAUAGCAGCAGUAUUGACGACUGCGGUAGUGACGGCCUUGUACCAGAAAUUCAAUGCCCGUAAAAGAGGAGAAUAUAAUGUACAGAAUGCAAAACCCAACAACAAUGCACAGAUCCCCAAUGGGCAUGAAUACCAGAAGAGUUUUCCUUUAAAGAAACUUGAUCCAUAUUGUGGAGAAACAAUUACAAAUGGAUUAAAUCAAUGAUAAAGAUAUUACACGUCCUGACUUUGAAAAAUAAUCCAGUGGUCCUAUUUUACACAUCGUUACUGAUGUGUGCUACUCAUUGCCAUGUUAAAGUCUGUACCAGCUGUAAAGACAACUAGUUGCUGACAAGCCUUGUUAUAUUUUGGGCAAUUCUUGAAUUACUGUGGUAAAAAUUUCAAUUUGAUUUUCACAACCAGUAGAUAAUCACCUGAACUGUGGCAUUUAGACAGAUUCAUCACUGUUAACUUCAAAGCUCUGUAAGCACAACUGCUUUCCCACUAGCUGACAUAAAGCCAGCACUAUAUUGAUUACUGAUUUGGUUGUAGUUGAUAAAAUGCAGAGCUGGGGGAACACAGCAGGUGCGACAGCAUCCGAGGAGCAGGAAAGUCAACAUAUUGGUCAGGAUCCUUCCAGAGAAUGCUGUCCAAACUGCUGUGCUCCUCCAGCUCCACGUUUUAUUGACUCUGACUUCCAGCAUUUGCAGGCCUUGCUGUCUCCUUGGUUUGGUUGUAUAUGGUUUUUAUGAUGUAUACUGUAUAAACAGAUAAAAUGAGGACUACCAUUGAGACAUCAUUAAUGUUAAAAUUUUCAUCCUUGUGUUUAAAUGUCACCAUGCCUUUGUUCCAUGUCUGUCUGUGUGGAGUUUGCACAUUCUCCCCGUGUCUGCGUGGGUUUCCUCCGGGUGCUCCGGUUUCCUCCCACAGUCCAAAGAUGUGCGGGCUAGGUGGAUUGGCCAUGCUAAAUUGCCCUAGUGUUCAGGGUAUGUAGAUUAGGUGGGUUAUAGAGUGAUGGGUUUGGGUGGGAUGUCUGAGGGUUGGUGUGGACUUGUUGGGCCAAAGGGCCUGUUUCCACACUGAAGGGAUUCUAUGAUCUAUGAUCUUAAACCAUAAUACAAGUGAAAUUAGGGGCCAUUGUGUGAGUACAAAGGAUUAUAUAUUUAAGAUGCAGAUGGGGAAAAAUUACUUCUCAAGAAUCAUGAAUCUUUGGAAUUCCCAAUGUCUGAGGGGGAUAAAUGCACAGCCAUUGUAUUCAGGGUUAAGAUUAUUCGGAUUUAAGGGUUUCACAGGUGAAGCUACAUGUGCCGCAAGUCCGAAGUCUGCAUCUGUCUUGCUAAUUCUGAAUUUCAGUACCCUGUCAUUCAUGGUUGUGAUUUCAGUUGCAUAAGCUCAGGUGAUCACAGAUCAUGGAAGCUUGUGAUCUACACCAGUGAAGGCCAGAAUCUCUGAUUAACUGCUGUAUUCAGAACUCAGUCAAAGCAGGAGUCUAUCAGUAACACAGUGGAACUAAUUUCCUUUAAGCACCCCUUUUGUGGUCAAACAUCUCUGUUGACCCUGGUGUCGCUGACUUGUCACCAACCAAAAUGGAGAAGGUUUAUUUGAGAACGUAUCAAACACAAUGAGAGACUUCAUUGGGAAUAUACAGGAUGAGGCUGAACACUACACAGUGCUCACAAUCCUUCACCUACCCAAACAUACAGGCAGCACCUGCCUGGAUGUGGCAGAGUCCAUAGAUCAUUGAUUGGAUUCAGCAGCCUUUUUAAAAUGUAUGGAACUGGAAUGAAAGCAAGUAUCCUUGAUCAUGAGGGACUGCCUAAGAAAAAGCUCCAGAAUUCACUUCCUAAACUCAUCUGGUUCUCCCUUCUUUGAAACAUUCCUUAAACCUACAACUUUGACUAAGAUUUCCAUUACUUGUAAGCUCAAACCCAGUUGCCUUUGAGUGAAAGGACUGUGUGUUCAAGUACUAUGCCAGGAAUUGAGCACAGAAUUAAAAGUUUACGCUGCAGUGCUGUGCUGACAUGGUUCUGCAUUGUCAGUGCUCUUUCGGAUCAAAUUUUAAACCAAGGCCCCAUCUGGCCUCUCAAAAGAGUAUUUAAAAAUCGCAUGGCAUUAUUCUGAAGAAGAGCAGGGGAAAUUUUUCCAUGUCCUUGCUCACAUUUAUUUCUCAAUCAACAAUCGCCAUAAUAAAAUCACUGUCAAUUAUUUUGUUGUUGUUUGGGGGAGGUUGUAUGUGCAAACUGCCUGCUGCAUUUCCUAUAGUGCACAAUGAUGAGCCUACAAAAGUACUCUGCUGUCUGAAAAGCACUUGGACUGUCUUGUGGUCAUGAAGGGUGCUAUAUAAAUGCAGUUCUUUCUCUUUCCUACUAUUUCCUUACAUGGCUUGGUAUUAAAUUUUGUUUCAUAAUUCUCUUGUGGUGAAACUUGAGAGGUUUGACCAUGUUAUAGGUGUCAUAUAAAUGCCAAUUAUUUAUGCAAUGCACUGCCUCUGAUAUAAAAUAAAUAUUUUUAUAAUUUGAAAUUUACAAACAAAUGCAUUUUUGAACUAUCAUCACUAUUGUUUUCUGAGUACAUUCAGUAUGUAUGGAUGUACUUUCAUUAAUUUAACUACUUAUAUGGAAUGAAGCUUUUUUUUCCCGGAAAUCUCCCAAGAUAUUUGCACAUAUUAUUACCUUAAGGUAAGAAAAAGAUAACAAUAUAAAAAACUGUCUGGAACAAAAAUAAAUGUUCAUUGCCUAACUACU